GCAGGAGUAAAGGUCAGUAGAGGCAAGGCAGUAUCCAUGUGUGUGUCUGUUCAGGUUGUGGGACAUAAAGUUCCUGACUUAUCACUGAUCACCUCCAUUUGGCUUUCAUGACAGUGCAUCAUUUUAAAGUGUGCUUAGAACAGAAAGACUAACAGGUUUAAGAAAAACGGCCCAAAACAUAUCCUAACACUUCCUGUUUUUGUUUUUUAACUUUUUUUUUUUUAGAUACUAAUAACGUGUUUAUUUUUUCCCCUGCAGACAGCCGGUGGCUGUGAUGGACCGCAAAUGCUUUUAAAAACGUCCCCACCGGCCCCGGCUGAGCAGAGUGGCACAGAGCUUUUCUGCUCACACACCUACACUUCAGCAGCUAAACAAACAGGCCUGGCUGUUCUGAACGGAGGGGCCUCAAUCUCUGCACCCUCAUUGGUCUGGGGAGGCUUGAAAGCCUCCAUUGAACCAGUCAGGAGGAAUUUGGGACACUAUUGCCACGGUCAGACGGAGGAGGAGGAGGAAUUCUGGUAAACAGCUGACCACUCACUCUGCGAGCUCUGACCUCCUCCUCCUCAUCUUACCUUCCUUCUUCCCUCUCUUUUCCCGCACGUCUUUGGGUUUUUCGUGGCGUGUUCUCUAUCGAACGGGCAAUUCUUACAUACAAUUAUGUCUUUGAUGAAAGUGUCAGGGUCAAAGUGGAGGUUGGUGCUGACCGCAGUGCUUGUUUGUUCUGUAUUCUUGGACGUAGCUCGUUGUCAAAAAGACGCUCAAAAACACAGAGCUGCUACAGGAAGGAAGAUCACACAAGGCAAAGCCAAGCCAGACAAAGAGUCCAGGAGUGUAACGUCCAAACCCAGGACCAGAGCUACGCCAGCAGCUCGUCAACUCAACAGCCGGGGCUCUCGCAGUGUUCGACCCAUUAAGGUGCUGAACAGAGGGAAGUUUAAAAAAGUGGGGGAGACUAUCAGCGUGCCAACAGGAGAGACCCUGGAGCUGAGAUGCCGAGGUAACCCUGUGCAGUGGAGCGUCCCUUCGUACUUGCAGGAGGACGAUGAAGGCAGGCUGAGGAUUGUCCAAAACGAGCGAUACGGUGUUCUGACGUUAGUCAACUCGACAGGCGCCGACACAGGGGAGUACACCUGUUAUCCAAUGUACUGCGAGGACACAGACUGCAGGAAGGAGUACGACAAAGCUGUAAAAGUCUUCGUGUUCUUCCCAGACCCACAGGAACUCUUUGUCCCAUCAUCUGACUAUUAUAAAGUGAUUCAGCUAAGAACCAACUGGCCCACAGUCCUGCCCUGCCAGGUGACGUCACCUGAGGCCAAAGUGUCUCUCCAUCGUGAGUUUCCUCCGGCGGAGGUGGCAGUGGACGGAUCGGAAAUCUCUUUUAACGUCAGGACAGGUUUCACCAUCCACCGACCUCGGCCUUAUCACGCCGGGGCCUUGUACUGCGUGGCCAGCCGGGGUGGCCUGAGGCACAGCUCCACCAAGUACAUGCUCAUCUAUGUUCACUACCCCACGGCUGCUCCUUCUCCAGUGAUACAAGCCUCGGUGAGUUCAGUGGUUCGGGGCGAGAACCUGCGCGUCACCUGCACUGUGGUGGGAGAACAGGGUGUGGCUGUGGAUUUCACCUGGGACUAUCCUGGAGAGCAGAGUGGGAGGCCUCCAUACACCCAGGAGAACGUCAGUCCAGUACCUGGAGGGACGUCUCAGCAGCAGCAGCAGUCUCAGUCUGUUCUCCUGGUGGAUGAGGUGAGGGACGUGGACCAGGGAACCUACACCUGUACAGCACAGAACCUGCAAGGAGCCAAAUCCGUGUCCACCACAGUUAAAGUGGUCAACAAGGCGAAACCUAAGAAACCUGAACCACGGGGAUAAAAAGAGGGAGACAGAGAGUGAGAGAGAGAAGGACAGAAUCAACAGACUGAGGUUUACUUCCUUCCUCCGCCUUAGCGCCCUCUGUCUUUACAACUGUUGAAGUAUAGAAUGAUAUUACUAAAAAUAUACUGUGACAUCACGUGAGCCCACAUGAUAUGGAGUACAAAGUGCACAAAGAAUUACUUUGUCAUCAUAAGUGCUUAUAAUUGACCUUUUGGUUUUAUGUUCAACUCUGUUUACACAGUGGCUGGGGUCUUACAAAGUACAAUGUGUAUAAUAUAAGUAUUUACAAUCGUUCCAUUUUAUUUUCUGACCCAGUCUGUGGUCACUGAGCGAAUCACAAUUUCUUUGAAUUCAGAAAUUCCUACAGAAAAACAGAACGUGGACAGAACAGGCCAACCCACAACCAAGAGUCAAGAUGAGUUCGCAGUAUUUUCUAUAUGUAGCAACCACUGAAAAUUACCAUUGAAAAUAACCAGUUUAGCUUUGAAUGGACUGACAGAUAGUUGCAAAAUACAGGAUGAAAACAAAUGUUUUUUUAAUUAUUAUUUUUCAAAGAGUAUGUUGAUGUAUGG